AUGGCUGAUGCGGACGCUCCCCUUGUCGAAAAGAAACACAGAAAAUCCGUUGCGUUCAGCGAGGGAACAACAAUCAUGGAUGCGAACGGAGCAAUCUCUGAGGCUAGCCAUUCCGAUGACAAAACUACUGCUGAGAGGCAUUCUGCUACCUCGCCCGACAAGGAAGUGGACGAAGUAACCGAGCUGUUCAAGGGACUUUCGAAAAAGAAAAAGACAAAGAAGACGAAAGAUGCAGAUGCCGAAGCUAACGCGGACGGCGAGUUUGACCCCUCGAUGAUGAAAAAGAAAAAGAAGAGCAGCAAAAAGGCAGCCGACGGUGACUUCGAAGCCAAACUCGCGGAGGCUGGGCUGGCCAGUGAAGAAACCGCGCCAGAGGAGAAACCGUCGACCGAGGAGAUCGUCAGCGACAUCGAAAACGGCAGAGGUAUCUGGGCCCACAACGCUACACAGCCUAUUCCAUAUAACCUGCUCGUCACUCGAUUCUUCACGUUGAUUCACAGCCAUCACCCCGAUAUCCUCUCAAGCGGUUCCAAGUCAUACAAAAUCCCUCCACCGCAGUGUCUGCGUGAAGGUAACCGGAGAACUAUCUUUGCCAAUAUCACCGAUAUCUGCAAGCGAAUGAAGAGGUCGGAGGAUCACGUUAUGCAAUUCCUGUUCGCGGAGUUGGUCACGAGUGGUAGUGUGGACGGAAGCAGGAGAUUGGUUAUCAAGGGUCGAUUCCAGCAGAAACAAAUUGAAAACGUUCUGCGAAGAUACAUCGUCGAAUACGUCACUUGCAAAACGUGUCGCAGUCCAGACACGGAGCUCAACAAGGGAGAGAACCGUCUUUAUUUCGUUACAUGCAAUUCCUGCGGUAGUAGACGCUCAGUCACUGCGAUCAAAACUGGCUUCCGCGGCCAGGUUGGAAGACGGAAGAAGCAACAGGGCUAA